AUGAAGUGGUAUUUCACCAAUGUGAAUGUUCGCAACAUCUCAAUCAUCAGGAACCAUGCAAGCUGCAGACGAGAAUUCUCGAGGCCGUCUUUUGCGCCAAAGCCUACACUGAACCUGAAGCACAUUCGCCAGAACCCAGGAUUGUACGAGCAGAAUUGUAAGGAUCGCAAUUACACGCCUUUCGCACGAAAUGGAUGGAAGAUUCUUGAGCUUCACGAGCGCUUGAUCCAUCAACAGCGCGAAUCGAUUGACCUGAGGAAGCGUAGCAAUGCACUCGGAAAGGCACUCAGUCGACGGCCCGACAGCGGAACAGAGGAUGAGGAGACUUCAAAUGGUAGGAUCGCGGAGGCGCGAGAUAUCAAGGCCCAGCUGGCCGAGAUUGAGAGCAAAGAGAAACAAUGGACGGAAGAGAUUGAACAGCUUGCGCUAGAGCUCCCAAACCUCAGCUGCUUGAACACACCUGUUGGCAAAAACCCGAAGCUUUUGGAAACCGUUGGACAGCUGCCGGGCAUCGCCGCAGGUACACCUGGCAAGAGUCAUGUCGAAAUUGGAAAAGAGCUAGGAAUCCUUGACUUCGAAGCCAGCGCGACGACAAGUGGAUGGGGCUGGUAUUUCCUUCAGAACGAGGGCGCUUUGUUGGAGCAGGCGCUGGUUCAAUACACUCUCUCGGUCGCCAUGAAACGAGGCUGGAAAAUCAUGACGCCCCCCUCUCUGGUGUACUCGCACAUCGCGAGCGCCUGUGGCUUCAUGCCGCGAGAUCAGAAUGGCGAGACACAGAUCUACCACAUCGCUCAAGCUGAUUCUGACAGCGGUCCCGAGAAAUCAAGUUUGGUUCUGACAGGCACCGCUGAGAUCCCGUUCGCUGGAUCACAGGCCAACAAAAUCUUACAGGCAAGCGAUCUGCCUUUGAAAUACAUAGGUGCCUCGAGAUGCUAUCGUGCCGAAGCUGGUGCCCGAGGAGUUGACACCAAAGGAUUGUAUCGCGUGCACGAGUUCACAAAAGUUGAGAUGUUCGCUUGGACGCUUCCACAGCCAGACAACAAUGGCGACCGCUUUGGAGAUUUUGAUACAGAUGCUUUGCCUGCGGAUCACGUUUUCAGCGAGAUGAUUGAGAUACAAAAGGAGAUCCUGCAAUCUCUGGGAUUGCACGCAAAUGUGCUUGAGAUGCCGUCUGCUGAUUUGGGAGCCAGUGCGAAUCGAAAGGUGGACAUUGAAGCGUUCUUCCCCUCCCGCACCACGAUCAACGAUGGCUACGGCGAGGUCACAUCGGCUUCCAUCUGUACAGAUUACCAGUCCCGUCGCCUGGCCACUCGAAUCAAGGGUACCAGUGCAGGAAAAUUGGAGUGGCCACAUACUGUCAAUGGUACCGCACUGGCUGUCCCUCGAGUGCUGGCUUGUUUGCUCGAAACUCACUGGGACGAGCAAUCACGUUCCGUGAUCGUUCCGGAAGUGCUGCGACGAUACUUGCCGGACGGCAUGGAUGUGAUCAAACGCAAGACAUGA